AUGCCUUCCUCCACAACCGCCAAUGAACCCUCUCCGGGAGAAAAGGACAUCCAUUCAACGGCUACUGAGCCCCAGGAUAAUCCAAAUGAAUACGAAGAUGCUGAAAAGAACUACCAGCCAAAAACUCUGAAAUUCUGGACGAUCCUAAUUGGCAUGUAUCUGUCGAUGUUCCUCGUCGCAUUAGACCGAAUGAUCAUCGCAACUGCCGUCCCCAAGAUCACAGACGAGUUCAAAUCAAUCAACGAUAUUGGCUGGUACGGAAGCGCGUACAUGCUGACGGCCGCCGUUUUCUUCCCCAUCAGCGGCCGCAUCUACCAGAUCUACUCUACGAAAUGGGUUUACGUCUGUUCCAUCAUUAUUUUCGAGGUCGGCUCAGCUAUCUGCGGAGCUGCGCCGAAUUCGAUCGCCUUCAUCCUCGGGCGCGCUAUCGCUGGAUCCGGAUCCUCGGGUAUAUUUACGGGAGGGAUCAUGAUCAUGAUACCGAUGGUACCGCUUCGCAAACGACCUACGUUCGCUGCUUUCUUUGGCAUGGCCUUUGGUCUCGCCUCGGUUCUUGGUCCCGUUAUUGGCGGACUUUUUACAGACAAAGUAACAUGGCGAUGGUGCUUCUAUCUAAACCUCCCCGUUGGAGGUUUCACCCUUAUUGUGGUUCUGUUGCUUUUCAAUUUCGAUCAAAUGAAACAGAAGAGCUUCCCUACCGUCAUGGAAAAGAUCAAAGCCCUGGAUCCUUUGGGGGUAUUCUUCCUUGCUCCGUCCAUGGUGUGUCUCGUCCUCGCCUUGCAAUGGGGCGGCACAACGUAUGCCUGGUCAGAGCCUAGGAUGAUUGGCCUUCUCGUCACAUUUGCCGUUUUAUUCGUCGUCUUCGCGGUCGUGGAGGCGCUGGCACCAACCACGGCAAUGGUCCCUGCUCGUGUCAUUUUGAACCGUUCCAUCGCCGGGGGUAUGCUGUUCAUGUUUCUACUUUCGGGAGCAAUGAUGAGCGCUGUGUACUACCUUGCCCUCUGGUUCCAAACGACGAAAGGUGAUUCGGCAAUGGAUGCCGGAAUCAAGACCAUCCCUCUGGUCCUCUCGAUGGUCGUCUUCACGAUUUUGUCCGCCAAGCUUACUGAAAGUAUCGGGUACUACGUCCCGGCCAUGAUCAUAUGCCCCAUUCUAUGUAGUGUGGGCGGCGGAAUGUUAUCUACACUGGAUGAAAACUCUGGGCAUAGCAAAUGGAUCGGAUACCAAGUCCUCUAUGGGUUCGGGAUGGGAUGUGGUUUCCAGGGCCCCAACCUAGCAGCGCAGACUGUCUUGCCACGAGUCGACGUCCCUAUCGGCAUUGCUUUGCUGUUUUUCAUGCAGCAAUUAGGCGGUGCCAUUUUCGUCUCCGUGAGCCAAAACAUAUUCGCCAAUGAGCUCUUGAAGAGGCUUUCUGGGGUCGCUGGUCUUGACACUGAAGCUGUUUUGCACCAAGGUGCCACUGAGCUCCGCAAGAUCGUUCCACCAAGCGAACUCGACAUUGUGAUCAAGGCAUAUAACGCCUCAAUCACCCGCGUCUUUAUCAUGGUCGCGGCACUCAGCGCAAGCAUCAUCAUUGGAUCCCUGGUGAUGGAGUGGAAGAGUAUCAAGGGUCGAGAUGGAGGCGACAAGGGACUCUCGAAGGAUGCGGAGGGAGACCAGAAGAACUAG